UUUCUGAAGGACCAUUCAUUUAUCCUUUUGUGUUUUAUUGAUAAAAAAAAAAUACCAUAUGGACUUUGCCUUGGAGAUUCGCGCCGCUUCCUAGUUUUUAGUCGUUUUUAGGCUUAAUCAUGUUGAAGAAUAACGGAAAGAAGACAGCUAUCACUGUAGCCAGCACUGCAUGUCUCUGCCUGCUGCUGCUCCUGGUCGCUGUGCAGCAUCACCGGGUCCAGGUGGAUGAGGAGACGGGCGGAGAGGACGCCGAGACGCGCGCUCUUCUCCAAGAUGCUGCGCAGGAAGACGAGCAGGACGCACCACCCGGGGGCGCGCAGGUUAAGAAAGGAUUCUCGGCUUACUUCACCAAACUUACCCGCGGACGGAGGGAGGUGGAGAAGCCCGCACGCUCCUCGGCGUCUGCCGCUGAGCCGCCACCAGCUGAGGACAUCAGCGCCGAUGACAUCUUCAUCGCUGUGAAGACCACCAAGAAGUUCCACCGGUCCAGACUGAAUCUACUUCUGGACACGUGGAUCUCAAGGAACAUGCAACAGACUUAUAUCUUCACAGAUGGAGAAGAUGAGGAGCUAAAAAAGAAAAUUGGGAGUCAUGCAAUCAACACCAACUGCUCUGCAGCUCAUAGCCGACAAGCUCUGUCUUGCAAGAUGGCGGUGGAAUAUGACAAGUUCAUUGAGUCUGGGAAAAAGUGGUUCUGUCAUGUUGAUGAUGACAACUACGUGAAUGUUCGGACUCUGGUGAAGCACUUGUCCCAGUACCCCCACACCCAGGACAUGUACAUUGGUAAACCCAGCCUGGACCGGCCCAUAGAGGCCACAGAGCGGCUGGGGGACAAUAAAAUGAAACCAGUCAACUUCUGGUUUGCUACUGGGGGAGCAGGCUUCUGCGUGAGCCGGGGUCUGGCACUGAAGAUGAGCCCGUGGGCCAGUGGCGGCCACUUCAUGAACACAGCAGAGAAAAUCCGUCUGCCCGACGACUGCACCAUUGGCUACAUCAUCGAGUCGGUUCUUGGGGUUCCGCUGACCCGCAGCAACCUGUUCCACUCCCACCUGGAGAACCUGCAACAGGUGUCGAGAUCUGAGAUUCACAAGCAGAUCACUCUCAGUUAUGGGAUGUUUGAAAACAAGAGCAAUAUCAUCAACUUGAAAGGGGCUUUUCCUGUGGAGGAGGAUCCAUCCAGGUUCAAGUCUGUGCACUGUCUCCUGUACCCAGACACCCCGUGGUGUCCUCCUCAGGUUGCCUAUUAGGGCGACCGCUCCUUUCUCAUCCUCGUCCCCGUCGUGCCUCGGUAUCUGAAAGGCUCAAGGGGACCAGUGUUCGGUAUUAGACCGUGCGGCUGCUGUAUUGUUGCUGCAGUGGUGCACGGUCUUUAGUAGUUUUACUGGGCUGCUGUGCGGCCCGCCAUGGGACUAUUUCUUCCUGUUCGGAGUAAGGACCUCCCCCCAUAAUGCUCGGGCGGAGGACCCCAGCUCUCGGCAGGAAGUGGCUUUCAGCGUUAAGCUUUGCAGGCAAUCAGUUGAGCUUUGUGAUGUAUAUGUUGCUUGUAAAUGUAUCUGCAAUUCUCAUAGAAUGUAUUGUCAUAUAUUCAAGCCUUUUUGCCAGCUUUACAUUAACACCUUUCUUCUUGUUUUAGCUUUCAGACAUGUAAUUGGCCUUUUUGUUUAGAUCUUUUAAUUCAGAUGACUCCGGACAAACGCUCUAAUAUGAAGGUGUUGUUCUGCUUUUUCGGUUAACAGUGUUAUUUCUCCCACAAACCUGAGCUGGCAGUAGGCAGAUUUCCAAAAGCAUCCUUUGGUGACCUAAUCUGAGGUAUAUCAGGACAAAGCACUUUUUGAUAUUUCUUUGGUGAACCGACCUAAUUUACAUCCUCUAAUGAUAUGCCUCAGAUUUGUGUCCAAACUAACAAAAAAAAAGAAUAUUAACCCCUCAAAAUCUCAAUAUCUAUUCAUUCUUAUGUAUUUAAUAACGCUCCUUGCAUUUGCUACAAUCAGGGAAAAAUAAUGAGUGGAAGAGAUUUUGAGUUGGGGUUCCAAUCAGCUUUUGAAUUGCUUUGAAAAGAUUUUUUUUUUUUUUUUUUUUUAAUAUUUUUAAUUUUGUUUGAAAUUUGCACAGCUGAGUUUCAAAUGAGCUGAUGUUUGCUCCUGAGAAGAUGCUCACCUCCAAAGGUUCAGCAGGGUGAUAUUACUAACUUUAAUCUUGGAACAAAGAACCCAAAAUAGCAAAGAAAGAGCAGUUUGAGCUAUGGAAUCGAAAUAAUAACCACAUGUGUAAUCUGAGCCACAGUCUAUAAUAGUUUGCACAAAAGACUGAUGAGCCUCUCUGUUAUUAUUACUAUUAUUCUUAACACGAAUGUUCUAUAUUUACACAUAAUAUUGGCUGGUUACUGUUGAGGCCUGUGAGGUGAGGACUUAACAAGAGCAACAUCAGCAUUUCCACAUGGAGGAGUUUGUUCCCUCUGUGUUGUCUCUCACCCAUAUUGGGUUUCGCUGUACAUCUUGAUUGCAGUAUCGUGUACUGUGCCUUUUUGUUUAAAUGCGUAGUUAUUGCAUACUGUAUGUUUAGAAUGUAAUUUCCCCCCAUUUUGUGGUUUACAUACGCUUUUAAUGACCUGGACAUGAUUUUUUUGUACUGCUUUGAACUGUGUGACUAAAUGACUGUGGUGUUUAUUCUCCAGUAUCUGGAGCGUUCGAACAGUUCAUUCCCAAUACUGGCUUCUCAGGGAUUAUGAGCUGAUCAUGGUAUCAACUACCAUGGGACCCACGGUGGGACCUAAAAACCGAAUAAAAGUGCAUAACCA